AACAAAGUGUGUUGUAAUAUAAACCUGUGAUUUUCACUCCUGUUCUCAGAAGUUGAAGGGGAAGAAAAAGUCACUGAACAACAUAAAAUAUGGAUGUACUCACAAGACUGGUGCUGUAUUUUUUCUCCCUCCAAGCUCUCUGCUGUCCUGUGUCCUGUGCUGAAUGGGAGGCAGAAGUCAUUAAGAAGAUAGAGGUUUUGACCACAUCCUGUGUAGUGAUACCCUGCAGCUUUGAAUACCCUGGUGUCCAAAAGUCCCAUUCGCAACUCAGGGGAAUAUGGUACAGUGGGAAUGCAAGAGAUAAAUUCAUUUACCAUGAAGAUGAUACAAAAAUAGUGGAGAACUUCAAAGGUCGCACAAAGAUGGUGGGAGAUCUGGGCUCAAAGAACUGCACUUUAGAAAUCGUUGAAUUUAAAAACCACGAUGCUGGUCCAUAUUGCUUCAGGAUUGAAAUUCCUGGUGGAGAAAACUUUUCUUAUAAGGAUAAUUGUGCUCAGGUCUUUGUCACUGAAAAACCUGAAGAGCCAAAACUCCAUUAUCGUGAAAAAGCCUAUGAGGGGAGCCCCUAUGCCAUCACCUGCUCUGUCAUUCACACUUGCCCUUCUCACAUGCCUGAGCUCACCUGGAGUCGGGGCGGUAAAGAAGAGGUCACCACCCACUACAAAAGCAUCGGUGAAGGAAAGUGGGAGGUCCAGUCUCUGCUGACCUUUGUUCCAAACGAACAUGACGAUGACGCUGAUAUCACUUGCGCUGCAAAUUUCUAUGGAGGGAUGAAUAGUGAGAGCAAAAUGAAUCUGCGUGUCAAACUUAAGGGGAACACUUUGCAUAUCACCAUCCCUGUGGCAGCUGUAGGAGCUACUGUAGUCCUUUUUGGAGGACUGUGCUUUUUGAUGAGAAGAAAAUACAAGUAA